CCUAGACAUUUCCCGAAAAUUUCUUCCCCCUUCCCUCUCUCAAGAAGAAAGAAAACAAGGAAAUUUUAAAUUUAAUAAUAAAUUUAUUUCCAACCUGUUUGUUUACUCCACUCAGAUUUUUCAGGUCCGUCAAUAAGAUUUUGCUGUGCAUGAAGAAGUUUCUUAAAUUUUUUACUGUUUCAGAGCUGAUCCUUGUUCUUUUUUAGAGGUGGGAUCAUUAGGAAAGCUAUACUUAUGAAUUAUCCACCAGAGAAGUUUGUGAGGUUCCAGGACUGGAAUUCAGAGAAAAGCGCUGAAGGACAUUAUUCAGAUAAUAAUGGGAUAAAUUCGAGGAAAAUUAGAUUUGCAAUAAAUUCAUUUUCAGAAAAGAUUCAAAGAGGGAUUGAAUCUGGUUCUGAAAGGAUUAAAGGGAUUAGAAGGUCAUUUAGAUCUUGUUCACUUAACCAUGUUGUUGCUAAAGGCUUUGGUUCUAGUAAGAAAGUUCUUGAUCCUCAAGGGCCAUUCCUUAAAAGGUGGAACAAGAUAUUUGUAUUAUCAUGUAUCAUAGCGGUCUCAAUUGAUCCUUUGUUCUUUUACGUCCUAGUGAUUAAUGAUGAUAAGAAGUGCCUUUCUUUGGAUGGGAAGAUGGAGAUCACAGCCAGUGUGCUGCGUUCAUUCACAGAUAUCUUUUACAUGAUCCAUAUUAUUUUUCAGUUUCGUACUGGUUUCAUUGCACCUUCUUCUCGUGUAUUUGGAAGAGGUGUUUUAGUUGAAGAUUCGUGGGCAAUAGCAAAGAGGUAUCUGAAAUCAUACUUUGUAAUCGACAUUCUAGCAGUUCUUCCCCUGCCACAGGUGGUGAUUUUAAUAAUCAUACCACAAAUGAGAGGUUUGAAGUCAUUGAAUAUGAAGAACUUGUUGACAUUUGUUGUUCUCUUCCAAUAUCUGCCAAGAGUUUUUCGAAUAUAUCCAUUGUAUAAGGAAAUUACUAGGAUUUCUGGCAUACUAACUGAAACUGCCUGGGCUGGAGCUGCAUUCAAUCUGUUUCUUUACAUGCUAGCAAGCCAUGUUUUUGGGGCUUUUUGGUACUUGUUUUCCAUUGAAAGGGAAUACACAUGCUGGAAAGACGCAUGUAGAAAUAAUACUGGAUGCAACCCCCAGUCACUUUACUGUGAUGGUGAUUCUUCUUUUAGUACGUUUCUAAAUCAAUCAUGCCCUAUACAAACACCCAACACAACGCUUUUCAAUUUUGGAAUAUUCCUUGAUGCCCUUCAAUCUGGUGUUGUGGAGUCAAAAGAUUUUCCAGAGAAGUUUUUUUACUGUUUCUGGUGGGGCCUGCAAAACCUAAGUUCUCUGGGUCAGAGCCUUGAAACUAGUACCUAUGUCUUCGAAAUCUGCUUUGCAGUUUUCAUUUCGAUCUCGGGCUUGGUUUUGUUUUCAUUUCUCAUUGGAAAUAUGCAGACAUAUUUGCAAUCCACAACUACCAGAUUGGAGGAGAUGAGAGUGAAAAGACGUGAUGCAGAACAAUGGAUGUCCCACCGCUUACUACCAGAAAAUCUGAGGGAACGGAUCAGAAGAUAUGAGCAAUACAAGUGGCAAGAAACUAGAGGAGUUGAUGAGGAGAAUUUACUUUGUAACCUCCCCAAGGACCUAAGAAGGGAUAUAAAGCAACACCUUUGCUUGGCUCUGCUCAUGAGAGUGCCAAUGUUUGAAAAAAUGGAUGAACAAUUAUUGGAUGCAAUGUGUGACCGUCUCAAGCCAGUUCUCUAUACAGAGGAGAGCUACAUUGUUCGGGAGGGAGACCCGGUUGAUGAGAUGCUUUUCAUCAUGCGGGGCAAACUACUGACCGUGACAACAAAUGGUGGAAGAACUGGCUUCUUUAAUUCUGAAUAUCUGGGGGCAGGAGACUUCUGUGGAGAGGAACUUCUCACAUGGGCACUAGAUCCCCAUUCUUCGUCGAACCUCCCUAUCUCAACUAGAACUGUCCGAGCCCUUACAGAAGUCGAAGCUUUUGCUCUGAUGGCUGAUGACUUGAAGUUUGUUGCUUCUCAGUUCCGCCGGCUUCAUAGUAAGCAGCUGCGCCACACUUUUAGGUUCUACUCACAGCAGUGGAGGACUUGGGCAGCUUGUUUUAUACAAGCUGCCUGGCGCCGCUACAGCAAAAAGAAGCUGGAAGAAUCUCUUAGAGAAGAGGAAAAUAGAUUGCAAGAUGCUUUAGCCAAUGCUGGUGGGAGUUCACCAAGUCUGGGUGCCACUAUUUAUGCCUCACGGUUUGCUGCCAAUGCGCUUUGUGCUUUACGGCAAAACCGUACUCGUAAAGCAAGAGUACCUGAGAGGGUGCCACCUAUUCUGCUCCAAAAGCCAGCAGAGCCUGAUUUUACUGCGGAAGAACAAUAGGGAGGUAGGUUUUUUUUUGGGGGGGGUAACUUUACGCAUGUUGGCAUGAAGAGGUUGUUGUGUUUGGAACAGAUUAGGAAAUCUCAUCCCUCUCGAAACAGGGAAUAUAACUUAGUAGAAAGCUGCCGUUUAUUGAGGAUGACGUCUGUAUAUGAUGUAAAUGUAAAUCUUCAAAUUUUCUUUGUUUUGUUCCUCAGUUUUCAUGAAUUACCAAUUUUUUUUUUUUUUUGUGCUGUCAUUAUAUGUAUAAGUUUUCAGUGUAACAAAUUCAAGAGUUUUGCAAAAGGAAGCUGCGUGGUGAAAUGGAGAACAAAGUCUUACAGAGUAAAGUAAGGUUGAAAGAAGGGCUCCCGGUUUUUUCUUUUUAAAUUUCUACCUUAAUUAUUUAGAUAUAGCUGGUUGGAUUUGGCUUGAACAUCUGAAGAGUUAUCUGGUUAAAGAUGCCAGAUGGACCACACUCACUCAGCCAAAUUGCUAUAAUAUUCGCUGUGACGAACUAUGGAUGGCUCCUCAACACACCCUCCCAUUUUCUGAGUGUGAUGUUGGAGGCAUCUUUUUCUCGACCUGUCCGAUGAUAAAGAAUUUUAGCUUUUUCCUCUCCACUUGAAGUAAGUUGAAUGUAAAUGCAAUUGAUGAAAUAUAAUGUGAAAUGGACAUUUUUUUUUCAUUCAUUCGGGAUCUCUCAUAAUUAUACAAUUGAUUAAAAUUUUUGGUGUAUGCUCUAUAAAGCUUGAACCUUCUUGAGGG